AUGGUUCCAAGACAAUUGGAUGAAAUGAGCUGUGAAAAUCAACAGUAUCUAAUUUUUGUUGCCUGCAAAAAUAACAAGGAAGCAUCUCAGAUCUACCAAGAGUUGGUGAAUGCUAAAGGUGUUCAAGCACUAUCAAUUU